CGGCGGCGACGGCUCCAGAACUGGGAGUUGAGGACGCGCGCGCCGGACCUUCCGCCGCCGCCGCGCCGCGGCCGCUGCCGCCGCCCAAAGCCUGAGGCGCCGGGGCCGGGAGCCGGGGGCGGGCGGGCGGGCGGGCGGGGAAUGGCGCGGACCCCGGCGCCGGCUGCACUGGGUCCCGGAGGCGGCAAAGCACAACUUUCCUCCGCUUCUCCCCCCGGGGCCGGACUCCUGCUGCCGCCCCCGACGCCGCCGCCGCUGCUGCUGCUGCUCUUCCCGCUGCUGCUCUUCUCCCGGCUCUGCGGUGCCUUAGCUGGACCAAUUGUUGUGGAGCCACAUGUGACAGCAGUGUGGGGAAAGAAUGUUUCAUUGAAGUGUUUAAUUGAAGUAAAUGAAACUAUAACACAAAUUUCAUGGGAGAAGAUACAUGGCAAAAGUUCACAGACUGUUGCAGUUCAUCAUCCUCAAUAUGGAUUCUCUGUUCAAGGAGAAUAUCAGGGAAGAGUCUUAUUUAAAAACUAUUCACUUAAUGAUGCAACAAUUACUCUACACAACAUAGGAUUCUCUGAUUCUGGAAAAUACAUAUGCAAAGCUGUUACAUUCCCACUUGGAAAUGCUCAGUCCUCUACGACUGUAACUGUAUUAGUUGAACCCACUGUGAGCCUGAUAAAAGGGCCUGAUUCUUUAAUUGAUGGAGGAAAUGAAACAGUAGCAGCCAUUUGUAUCGCAGCCACUGGAAAACCAGUUGCUCAUAUUGACUGGGAAGGUGAUCUUGGUGAAAUGGAAUCCACUACAACUUCUUUUCCAAAUGAAACAACAACAAUUGUUAGCCAAUACAAGCUGAUUCCAACCAGAUUUGCUAGAGGAAGGCGAAUUACUUGUGUUGUAAAACAUCCAGCAUUGGAAAAGGACAUCCGAUACUCUUUCAUAUUAGAUAUACAAUAUGCUCCUGAAGUUUCAGUAACAGGCUAUGAUGGAAAUUGGUUUGUAGGAAGAAGAGGUGUUAAUCUCAAAUGUAAUGCUGAUGCAAAUCCACCACCCUUCAAAUCUGUAUGGAGCAGGUUGGAUGGGCAGUGGCCUGAUGGUUUAUUGGCUUCAGACAAUACUCUUCAUUUUGUCUAUCCACUGACUUUCAAUUAUUCUGGUGUUUAUGUCUGUAAAGUGACCAAUUCCCUUGGUCAAAGAAGUGAUCAAAAGGUCAUCUAUAUUUCAGAUGUUCCAUUUAAGCAGACCUCUUCCGUCGCAGUAGCUGGAGCUGUUAUUGGAGCUGUCCUUGCCCUUUUUAUCAUUGCAAUCUUUGUGACUGUGCUGCUGACUCCUCGAAAAAAGAGACCAUCCUAUCUUGACAAAGUAAUUGACCUUCCACCCACACAUAAACCACCUCCUAUGUAUGAAGAACAAUCCCCUCCUUUGCCUCAAAAAGACCUUCUAUAUCAGACUGAGCACUUGCCUUUGCAGACUCAAUUCAAAGAAAGAGAUGGCGACAGUCUCCAGCACCCCAAUGGACUAAAUAGCAGGAGAUUUGACUAUGAAGAAGAAAAUCCCGUGGGGGAAGAUGGGAUUCAGCAGAUGUACCCCCUUUACAAUCAGAUGUGCUACCAAGACCGGAGCCCUGGCAAGCACCAUCAAAACAACGACCCUGAGAGAGUGUACAUCAACCCACGAGAACAUUACGUGUGAUUUUCUACUUCUUUCAAUGUGUGUUCUAACAAAUGUUUAUUCUCAGAUUGGGGAGAGAAACUGAGGCCAAUAAUUACAGGCCUUAUAUAAAAUAAUCCAGCCUAAGUAUAUUGGAAAUGGUAGUGACUUGGAGCCAAAAGUGAAUUUCUUUCCUUCAUUAAGAGUUUCUCAACUACCAACUGUGUCUCUGAACUUGACUAUAGCUUUGUGUGUUUCUCUGAGAAUGGUGUUUCACUACUAACAUUUGGCCUACAAUGGCACGUUCAUUUAAAGUAGAACAUCUGCCUGUGAUGACAGCAGUGAGUCUCCAGAAAGAACAGCCCCAACUGGGAGUAUUCACCUCGCUGGGUCUCGGGCAGGCCAGCCUGUUCAUCUGUAACUCAAAUGAGCAGAAAAAGGAGUUCAAAAUCCCUUACACUAAUUAUUUAGUUGGGAUUUGGCUUUCCCAGACAAGCCUAAUACAAUUACAAUACCUGUGUACCAACAAGAGGCCUGAAGAAAGAGGCAAACUUUGCUAUUUAUGCAAACAACAAAAGGCAGCUUAAACCUUCAAGUAUAUGGGUUGCUUUGAAACUUCUGUGAUGCUGCAAUCUAUGUUCCUCCAUGAUCACUAAGGUCCUGGGGAUACAUGCUCUUGCUGUUAUCUGCCUAGUCUUGACUAGCUGUGUGCUAACUGCAAUUCUUUUCUUGCUCUGCCAUUGUUCCCACAGUUGUGUUCUUUACUAGCCAGUAGCCUAUUUCCACUUAUUAAAUUCUAAAAAUCCUGUCUAAAUGCUGGGCAGCCUUGAGCCCCAUCCUCUUCUCUGGAGUAUUGUGCAUAACAAGCUCAGCUUUCACUACUGAAAUUUCUUUCAAAUUAAUCCUAUCCGCAUGGCUUUAGCUACUUUCUGCAUUCUUCAGACUACUUAUUAUCCCUGUUUUAUCUACCUCAGAUAAGCCUGCUGGAAAAUUACCAUGAAAUAACACCUGCUCUUAAUCAUCAGGUGGAAUAUUUGAAUUUUUUUUUUAAAUAACCACUUCAAUAUAGUGUAUGUGUUCAAUCCACAUGGUGUCCUUUGUCCUUCCCCCUGCUUUGCUGGUCAACAAGAGUAAAGAGCUACUAAAAAGCAAAUGAUACAGUGAUUGACUGACCUGUGUGUAUCCUGCAGCACAUUGGUACCUGCCAAUGUCUGUCUUGAGCUUUCUCACUCCCCUUUGUCAACCUGUCCUCUCUGGGAUAGAAGGUAAUCAUUUUCCUCAGGUGAGCAGGGGAGGGAGCAUAGUGCGUGCGUAAGUGUCAAUCACUCUCCUUCAUAUCUCAAGGAAAGCAUUGUUUUACUGUAUGUUCUGGAAGAUUAUUGGUAUGUCACAGAUAUAAAAACCACUUCAGACUUGUCAUAAACUAAGAAAGAGCAGCAUAAGCACUCAAAUAAAACAGUACACAUUUCCCACUUAAGCUUCAAGGGGACAGGAGAAUUUUCAUGGAGACGUCUAACAAUUUACCAGACACACAAUGAUUUGUGUUGUGCUAACUGUAAUUCUUGUUUGUGUGUCUAUUUCCUUUUUUUAGUAGCCAUGCUUCAUCAGAUAAAUUAUCCAGAGGUAAUACACUCUCCUCCUAUUGCCUGGGUACCAACAAUUCCAGAGGGAAAGGAUGCUUAAAUUCUAACUCAGAGCUUUAGCUAGGCAAUCAGCAAUUUAAAUGGCUGUAGUUGUAUGGAAUCAAAGGGUAAAUUCCAAGAAUCCCAUUGCUGUAUCACUUGGCUACCUCAGAUUUAGAGUUCAUUGCUCUUUGUAGCAAGAGGACACAUGAAGAAGAUAUUUGAUUUUUAUUACUUGAAAGUUCAUCAGUGAGAGUAUAGUUGAAGAUGCAGGAAUCUGUGCAAUUGUUUUCCAACAGAAAGAUGAUAUGUUUAGAGCUUACCUUGCCAGGGAAGUGUUUCAUAAUUACUGUUCGAAGGGAGGGGACAGAGUGCACAUCACCUCCUUUAGAAAAGCUUUAAAAACAUCCUACGCAAUGCAGAUGGUCAAGAUUCCCAGUGGAAGUAGGUUGUUGAAUUAGCUUCACAAAAGCACACAGUGAACUGGUGGGCAAUAGAGAUAGGUUCCUGGUACUUGGGGUUGAGAUUUGGAAGCACUGGGUUUCAGGAGCCUUUUAACCUGUCUUCAGCUCCCUCCCUACAAAGAAGAACCCACUGUCAACUUUUUACCUUUCUUGAUAUAGAACAGAAAUGUCAGAAUCUAGACACCCCUCACACAGCCAGCUACUUCAGUAUCUUCUUUGCUUCUCUGUCAGCUUUAUUUUUUUAACAAACUGGUAGAUUUUAUGGCUGCCCGAGUAUGGGUCUCAUAAACUAUAUAAUUGCUUAUCCUGGUGCCUCCCAUCUGCUCUCUCUAAAUACUGAGUAGAAUAGAAAGGAGCUUUAAAAGGGUUUGAUCAACCAGCGCCCUCAACCAAAAAUGCCAUCCAAAUUUAGCCUGUUGAUCUCUAAGUUUGGAGCCUAGACUACUUGGCGAUGGCCAUUUAAAUUUGGAAGUUAGAUUCUUAAAGGUCAGUGAGUGAGGAUUAGGCUGUAAGCCACAGCUGGUACUAGAUACUCUUCCCAUAACUGAUAUACUAAAACACACUGAAACAGAAAUAAAUCCCCAGAGCACUUAUCCACUUAUGGUUGCAGCUUUGCAUUUCAAAGGGGGGAGUGUUCAAUCUCCUCUUAAACACACAGCCUUCACUGCCUAUUUUGUAGGCAUCCAAGAUCAAGAGUGUGCCUUAUUGCCACAGUACACCACACUAAAAUAAAGCAUCUGCAAUGUCUAGGGUUGUCUGACAUACUGGGAUGAGAAUUUAGAUUAAUUCUUAAAUGGCAGCCAUUUAUUAUCUCUUCUUUUUUUUUUUUUUUUCUUUUUAUAGAGGCAUGUUUUAUUUAUUUGUUUGUUUGUUCGUUUUUGUUUUAUACAUGCACUGGGGACAGUCAGAAGCGCGGGAGGGUGAGAGAAUUCACCAGAGCCAG